UCAGCUGAUCCGGGUGUAAACAGAAAACUGAGACGCGUGCGUGUUGUGUCAAGUGUCUACUACGAUGGUCUGGGUUUCGUGCCUGAGUCAAACCCUUGUCGUAGUUGUAGCAUGGUAGCUUUUGGGGCUCGGGCUGGGGCUCCAAAUACGUCACAAGCCGCGGCACCAAGAAGGGAAUUGACACACCGCUGCUACUUUUCAGCGCCUAGUUUCUUCCAGCGUUCAUGGAGGAUCCGGAGCCAGACGAGGAGUUUCUGUGCUGCGCCAGGAACGGAGACCUGGACGCCGUUCGGAAGCUCCUCGCAUCCAAGGUGAGCGGAGAGAGCACGUUGGACAUCAACUGCAAAGGUAAGAGUAAAUCAAACCGGGGUUGGACACCUCUUCACUUGGCCUCUUAUUUUGGACACACGGACGUGGUGGACGAAUUACUGAAGGCGGGGGCGGACGUCAACCUGCCGAACAAUGUUGGCGACACGCCACUUCAUAAGGCUGCCUUCACAGGGAGAAAGGAAGUUGUCAUGCUGUUGCUGCGCUACAACGCCAGCGCGACCGUUAUCAAUGGAACGGCUCAGAUUCCCAAAGACGUCACUCAAAACGUCGAGAUCAGAAGCAUGCUGGCGGCGGUCGAGAGGACGGAAGAGCGGAAACGUGAAUGUAAACUUCUCGAAGCAGCGGGAGAAGGCGACAUGGCCACUUUGAGCCAGCUGCUGAGCAGCAAGACGCCGCCCAACCUAGAUUGCACUGACGUGCUGGGCAACACUCCGCUGCACUGCGCAGCCUAUCGAGGCCAGAAGCAGUGCGCCGCCGAGCUGCUGAGGGCCGGAGCCAGCACCGCUGUGAAGAACAACAUCGGUCAGACCGUGUUGCAGUUGGCCAGCGACGCGGCCAUGAGACAGCUGCUUGAAGGCAACACCCGCCGUGGGAUGAGACGCCACGCCAAGAAGUUUGAGGGACUCCUCUGGAAGAGCUCCAGAUUUUUGGGCUGGCGCUCCUACUGGGUGGUUCUUCAGGACGGCGUUCUGUCCUGGUACUCCAAACAGUCUGAUGCGGUCGCCAACAUCAAGAGGCAAGGAUGCAAGUCCCUCACUCACGCUCAGUUUCUGAUGCGAUCCAAAGAUAAGUGCAUCUUCACCCUGAAGUGCUUCGAUGACAGCGUCCAUUACUUCAAAGUCUCGUCCAAAAAGGAGCCCGAGGCGACAAGAAAAGCUUGGCUUGAUGCUUUGGACGAGCAUUCGGCCUUCAGCACACACUACUGCUCCCAGGAGCAGGACAGCUGCGAGGACGACGAAGACGAGGAAGAGGAGGAAGGCAACUCGCUGGGUCGGAUCGCCGACGCCCUGCAGGAGGCGCAGGCGAGCCACGUCAGGCUUGAGCAGGAAGUGGAAGCUUUCCUGUCCGCCGUCAAGACUGACGGCGUGCCACAAGUUCUCCAGGAGUUUUCCUCCUUCACGAUGGAGAAGCUGCAGGCCAUCCACAACCUGUCGGGAGAGACCGGUUCCUACAUCGCCGUCUGUCUCGGACUGGUCUCCAAACAGGAAGUGGUGCGUAGCAUGAAAUUGGAGCUGGAGGUGGAGAAGAAUAAGAUCCUGUCGGAAGCGCUCCAGACGCUGGCCACCGAGCACCACGAGCUGGAGCAGGUGGUCGUCAAGGGCUCCAGCGGCCUCAGCGACGAUGAGUUCCACGACGCCGUGUCUGGUUCAGACUCUGAGCUCUCUCUGAGUGGCUUUGAGACGGUGGCGAGUCGUUCCUUCGAGGAAGAGGAGGAGGAGGAGGAGGAAGGUGGCGUCAUGUUUGGCAGCAGCAGCAGCAGCAGCAGUCGCCUCGACAGCAUGGCGCAGGGUGAUCGCCAUGGCAACGACCAGCAGACGCAACCCAAUGGGAUCACCAAGUACAGGACAAGUUUGCCUGCACCCAUGUUUUCAAGAAAUGACUUCAGCAUUUGGAGUAUUCUCAGAAACUGCAUCGGAAUGGAGCUCUCCAAAAUCACCAUGCCUGUGAUCUUCAACGAGCCGCUCAGCUUCUUGCAGCGCCUGACCGAAUACAUGGAGCACACGUGCCUUAUUAGGCAAGCCAACGCUGCCAUGGACUCCCUUGACAGGAUGAAGUCCGUAGCGGCCUUUGUGGUGUCUGCGGUGGCAUCGCAAUGGGAGAGGACGGGCAAGCCCUUCAACCCGCUGCUCGGAGAAACCUACGAAUUGGUCAGGGAGGACCUGGGUUUCCGGCUCGUAUCGGAGCAGGUGAGCCACCACCCUCCCAUCAGCGCCUUCCACGCCGAGGGCCUCCGGCAGGACUUUGUCUUCCACGGCUCCAUCUACCCCAAACUCAAGUUCUGGGGGAAGAGUAUGCAAGCCGAGCCUCAAGGAAUCCUCACGUUGGAGCUGCCCGAGCACAACGAAGCGUACACAUGGACCAACCCCACGUGCUGCGUGCACAACAUCAUCGUGGGCCAGCUGUGGAUUGAGCAGUAUGGAUGUGUGGAGGUGAUCAACCACAAAACUGGCGAAAAAUGCUGCCUCAACUUCAAGCCAUGUGGUUUUUUUGGCAAAGAACUGCACAAAGUUGAAGGCUACAUAUUGGACAAAAGCAAAAAGAAGCUGUGCGCGCUGUACGGCAAGUGGACCGAGUGCUUGUACGUCAUCGAUCCUGCUACCCUGGAGGCUCACAGGAAAAGCGACAGGAAAGGAGAAGAAGGCAAAAACACCAGCAGAAAGGGUGACACCGAGGAGGACGUUCACUCUCAAGCACCCGACAGUGUGGACGUGAUUCCCGGCAGCCAGCUACUGUGGAGGAUCGCCCCCCGGCCGGCCAAUUCACCCCAGAUGUACAGCUUCACGUCCUUCGCCAUGCAGCUGAAUGAGCUGCAUGAGGACAUGGAGGGCAUCCUUCCUCGCACGGACUGCAGGAUGAGGCCCGACAUUCGAGCCAUGGAGAACGGCGACAUCGACUUGGCCAGCGAGGAGAAGAAAAGACUGGAGGAGAAGCAGAGGGCCGCCCGCAAGAAAAUCUCCAAAUCGAAUGACGAGUGGAAGACGAGGUGGUUCCAGCUGGGCCCCAAUCCCCACACCGGCUCGCAGGACUGGAUCUUCACUGGCGGAUACUGGGACAGGACGUACCCUCAGCUACCAGACAUUUACUAGAAUUCUCCACAAGCAAUGCGCACACAUGCACUGUGGCCUUAAACUGCUUUGACAUUCUCGAGGUGCGCGUUAUAAAUGUCAGUAUCUCUGGGGUUUUUAAACAAACGUUCAUCACCGUCGACUUUUAGCUCACACGUGUGCGUCAGUGUGUGUAUUGUUUUUAAUAGGCUGCUAUCUAAAUAUUUGUAAAAUUGCUGAAGUUCUUGUUUGUGUGUACAAUAUAAACCCACGCUGAGCCGUCAACGACCUCAUCGCAAUUUGCUAAGAUGCAAAAAAAAUCAUGUUACUUUUCCAUCUAUAGAAAAAGGGGGAACCAGAGCAAUAUCCACGAUUGUUACUAUUGACACUAAAUGGUCACUUUUUUAGGUAUACCUGUAAAAAUCAAAGGACAGCAAAUAAAUUAACUGUAUUCAAAAGCGUCCUGGGCUCUUUGCUGGCCAAUUUUUGCCACCUCACUUCAUUUCUUUGAACUAUUUUAGUUAUUACAUAUGGAAUGAAAGUUCCCAAGGGUGGGUUUUCCCUUUUCACGUUUUUCCCCACUUCAGCUCUUUAAUUUUAUCAAUUUUAUACUGGUGACAUUAAAUUGUAAGUUGUGACGAUUUUUGGCCAAUGUAAACCGA